ACUCACACCAUGAGAUAGAUCUGAUUAAUUAUCUCUGAUUGAGGCAAUUUUUAUUGGUAUAGCAGGUGCAAAGGCUUCUGUCCCUAUGUUAGAACAUGCAUCACGUGAUCAAAAAUAACUCUCCUAUCUCACGGGCUUCCUCCUAGGGAGAAAAUCAUGAUGUCAUCCAUCAAGAAAGGCAUUGAACUCUAUGAUUUGAGAUCUCAAUAUUCUAAUGUCACGCCUUCAUUUCCCGGAUGAAAUUUGCAGAAUCCUAUAAAGGACGAUAUCUAAGGCCUCUUCUAAGAGAUGGAGCAGGGAUCGUGGCUUAUAUGGCUUGCCUCGCCACCAAUAAUCAUCUUCAUUCUCUCUCUUCUCUACUUCAUCCUGCUUGGCAACUCCACCUCUAUGCCUGAUCCACCACCAGACACCUCAUUCCUGAUUCUCCCAUGGGCGGCCAUCGCCUAUCUACAAUCGAAGAAUCGUCAAUACCAAGAAUGGACAUACCGCCAAGCCCUGUUAAAUACAAUUAUCAAGGUAGGCCUACACAAGUACAUCUCCUUGAAACGAACGCCAUCCAUCUCCCUCAAGCCUGGAUUUGAAAGGAAGCGGUUCGUCCUAAUCGCGCCUGCGGGACCUGAGUUGUACUCGGGCAUUGCGUUGGAUGAGAAGACCAAACCAGAGCCUGUCGGAGGCACAUGGUUCCCCAAACGCCCUUCCCUGGAUUCCACUCUCCCCAAAGACCAGCACGUCGUUCUCCACCUACAUGGCGGGUCCUACAUAUCAGGAAACGGCCGGACAGCGACCUGUGGCUUCAUCGCCAAGAACUUUCUCUCAUAUACUCCGACCCAAUACGUGCUCUGUCUUCAGUACCGACUCGCGGGAUCACUGAAUGGACGAUUCCCCGCCCAACUGCAAGACGCCAUCUCAGCGUAUACCUAUCUACUCCACACUCUCCACAUCCCAGCCUCACAGAUUAUUCUCAGCGGCGAUAGCGCCGGGGCUAACCUUGCCUUGGGACUUUUGCGAUACAUCAAACAUCUCAACAAUAUUUUACUUCUUCCCGUGCCAAAAUGCACCUGGCUAUUCUCACCUUGGACUAAUAUUCCCGGGGCAAUGGACGAAGAAGCCUGGAAUAACAGCCCCAACUACAAGACCGACUGCGUUCCUGCCUCCUUUACUGCACGGGGUGCAACGCUAUUCUUACAGGAUCUGGAAAUCACCAAGGCAGUUGAAGAGCAUGUUGCUCCGAUAAAGCAUCCAUUCGCGUUGCCGUCACCCAUCCUGGUAGUCACCGGAGGGAAAGAAGUGUUAUACCAGGAACAUCGGGAGUUCGCCCAAAUUUUCAAAGCGUUGCCGCAAAAUGAAUCACUGGUGGAUUUAUUCGUGUCCGAAACGACACCGCACGAUGUAUUCAUGAUCGACUGGAUCAUGGGGUUUAAGAAAGAAGCCCGAGAAUGUGCUGAGAAAGCAGGAGAGUUUGCCAAGAGGCCUGGUAACCCAUACAAAUGCUGACAUGGGUGCAUUAACGCAAUUAAAUCCCAGGAGUCGCUGGCAGAAUAUGUAUUUUAUAUGCACUAAUGGAGAUAUGUACCAAUCUUAUCUGUACAGCAUAGAAGGACCUCGGGAGUGAUGGGAGUUUUGAUUGGGUCUGUGGAAGCUUUAUUCUCUGUAUAUUUUUCGAUGACAACUUAUAAUAGAUACUUUGUGUAUGUUUCAUUUCCUUUUCUCGGUGAUACAGAUUCCUACUCUUGUCAUGCAAUUUGAGAGCCGAAGAAGCUAUG